AUGGCCUCUACAAUGGCAAUGAGGAGGCUCGCGACUGACACAGGCAAGAAGGGCUUUCUCUUCGACCCCAGCAGCAGCCGUCCUACAGCCAGAAUAUUCGCAAACCAGCCUCUACGCGCGAAGGAGGCGUCUCCCUUCGUCAGCACCAAGUACCCUGUUAUAGACCAUGAAUACGAUGUUGUCGUUGUCGGUGCUGGUGGCGCAGGUCUUCGAGCUGCCUUUGGCCUUGCAGAGGCCGGACAACGCGUCGCCUGUGUUUCAAAGCUCUUUCCAACGAGAAGUCACACUGUUGCAGCACAGGGGGGAGUGAACGCCGCGAUUGGGAACAUGCACGAGGACGACUGGAGAUGGCACAUGUACGAUACGGUCAAGGGUUCCGACUGGCUGGGCGACCAAGACGCCAUUCACUACAUGACACGCGAGGCGCCUGCGUCUAUUAUCGAGCUCGAGAACUACGGCUGCCCCUUCUCGAGAACCGAGGACGGAAGAAUUUACCAGCGUGCCUUUGGUGGUCAGUCCCAAAAGUACGGCAAGGGCGGACAAGCGUACCGAUGCUGCGCUGCUGCCGACCGAACCGGCCACGCACUCCUGCACACCCUUUACGGCCAGUCCCUCCGACACAACACCAACUACUUUAUCGAGUACUUUGCCAUCGACCUGAUCAUGGAGGACGGCGAGUGCCGAGGUGUCUUGGCCUACAAUCAGGAGGACGGAACGCUGCACCGAUUCAUGGCGAACAACACGGUCCUGGCCACCGGUGGCUACGGUCGGGCGUACUUCAGCUGCACGUCUGCGCACACGUGCACGGGAGAUGGCAUGGCCAUGGUCGCUCGUGCUGGUCUGCCCAACCAGGAUCUCGAGUUCGUCCAGUUUCACCCCACGGGUAUCUACGGUGCCGGUUGUCUGAUCACGGAGGGCUCACGUGGUGAGGGUGGUUACCUCCUCAACUCGGAGGGUGAGCGGUUCAUGGAGCGGUACGCGCCCACGGCCAAGGAUCUCGCCUCGCGUGACGUUGUCUCUCGGUCGAUGACCAUGGAGAUCCGUGAGGGUCGUGGCGUCGGCCCUGAGAAGGAUCAUAUCUACCUCCAGCUGAGCCAUCUGCCCGCCGAGAUUCUCCACGAGCGCCUGCCCGGUAUCUCGGAGACGGCCAGCAUCUUCUCCGGUGUUGACGUUACCAAGCAGCCCAUCCCCGUCCUGCCCACUGUGCACUACAACAUGGGCGGCAUCCCCACGCGAUACACGGGUGAGGUCAUCACUGUCGACGAGCAGGGUAAAGACAAGGUUGUGCCUGGCCUGUUCGCCUGUGGCGAGGCCGCCUGCGUGUCUGUCCACGGUGCCAACCGCCUGGGUGCUAACUCCCUGCUCGAUCUGGUCGUGUUUGGCCGUGCUGUGGCGCACACGAUCUCGGAGAAAUUCACCCCAGGUGCCAAGCAGAAGCCCAUCAGUGCGGAUGCCGGUGCUGCGUCCAUUGAGACCCUGGACCAGAUCCGAACCUCGGACGGGCCCAAGAGCACGGCCGAGAUUCGCCUGGCCAUGCAGAAGACCAUGCAGACGGAAGUCAGCGUGUUCCGGACGCAAGAGAGCUUGAACGAGGGUGUGCGCAAGAUCAAUGAGGUCGACCAGACAUUCAGCCAGGUGGGCAUCAAGGACCGCAGCAUGAUUUGGAACUCGGACCUGGUCGAGACGCUGGAGCUGAGAAAUCUCCUGACCUGCGCUACACAAACUGCCGUCUCUGCUGCUAACCGUAAGGAGUCUCGUGGCGCACACGCCCGUGAGGAUUACCCUGAUCGUGACGACGAUAACUGGAUGAAGCACACGCUGUCAUUCCAGAAGAAGCCACACGGCAAAGUCGAGCUGGGCUACAGGAACGUCAUUGGUCACACCCUCGACGAGGCCGAGUGCAAGGCCGUGCCGCCGUUCAAGCGUGUGUACUAA